GUUCCCCCUUCCAGCAUGGAUGUCACCGUGGGAGAAAGCAUUGUUCUUCCAUGCCAGGUGACACAUGAUCACUCCUUGGACAUUGUGUUUACUUGGACAUUUAAUGGACACUUGAUAGACUUCGACAAAGAUGGAGACCACUUUGAAAGAGUUGGAGGGCAGGAUUCAGCUGGUGAUUUGAUGAUCCGAAACAUCCAACUGAAGCAUGCUGGGAAAUAUGUCUGCAUGGUCCAAACAAGUGUGGACAAACUCUCUGCUGCUGCGGACCUGAUUGUAAGAGGUCCUCCAGGUCCUCCUGAGGAUGUGACCAUAGAUGAAAUCACAGACACCACUGCUCAGCUUUCUUGGAGACCUGGACCUGACAACCACAGCCCCAUCACCAUGUAUGUCAUCCAAGCUAGGACUCCAUUCUCCGUGGGCUGGCAAGCAGUCAGUACAGUUCCAGAACUUGUUGAUGGGAAGACAUUUACAGCAACUGUGGUGGGUUUGAAUCCCUGGGUUGAAUAUGAAUUCCGCACUGUUGCAGCUAAUGUGAUUGGCAUUGGGGAACCCAGCCGACCCUCAGAGAAACGGAGAACAGAAGAGGCUCUCCCUGAAGUCACCCCGGCUAAUGUCAGUGGCGGUGGAGGAAGCAAAUCUGAACUGGUUAUAACCUGGGAGACAGUCCCUGAGGAAUUACAGAAUGGCAGAGGCUUUGGUUACGUGGUAGCCUUUCGGCCACAUGGCAAAAUGAUCUGGAUGCUGACAGUGCUGGCUUCAGCUGAUGCCUCCAGAUACGUGUUCAGGAAUGAGAGCGUGCGUCCAUUCUCUCCCUUUGAGGUUAAAGUGGGUGUCUUCAAUAACAAAGGGGAAGGCCCUUUCAGUCCCACCACAUUGGUAUAUUCUGCUGAAGAAGAACCUACCAAGCCACCAGCCAGUAUCUUUGCCAGGAGUCUUUCUGCCACAGAUAUCGAAGUUUUCUGGGCCUCCCCUAUUGGGAAGAACAGAGGACGGAUUCAAGGUUAUGAGGUAAAAUAUUGGAGACAUGAUGACAAGGAAGAAAAUGCUAGAAAAAUACGAACAGUUGGAAAUCAGACAUCCACAAAAAUCACCAACUUGAAAGGAAGUGCUCUGUAUCACUUAUCUGUCAAGGCAUAUAACUCAGCUGGGACAGGACCCUCCAGUGCAACAGUCAAUGUCACAACCAGAAAGCCACCACCAAGCCAACCCCCUGGAAACAUCAUAUGGAAUUCAUCGGACUCCAAAAUUAUCCUGAACUGGGAUCAAGUGAAGGCCCUGGAUAAUGAGUCAGAAGUAAAAGGAUACAAAGUCUUGUACAGAUGGAACAGGCAAAGCAGCACAUCUGUCAUUGAAACAAACAAAACAUCAGUGGAGCUUUCUUUACCUUUUGAUGAAGAUUACAUCAUAGAGAUCAAGCCAUUCAGUGAUGGAGGAGAUGGCAGCAGCAGUGAGCAAAUCCGAAUCCCAAAGAUAUCAAAUUCCUAUGCAAGAGGAUCUGGGGCUUCUACCUCCAACGCGUGUACACUGUCAGCCAUCAGUACAAUAAUGAUUUCUCUCACAGCCAGGUCUAGUUUAUGACAAAAGUUAUCUAAAGGACUUGCUAUUUAUAAUAUAAGCAACAUUUAGCUAGUUGUUUUGAA